AUGAAAGUGCCAUUUUUAAUGAAAAUCAGGAAAGGAUUGUAUUCGGAAGAUGAUAAAAUAACUAUUUUAAAUGCAACAAAUUUUAAAACAACUGUCUAUUAUACUGAUAAUGCAUGGUUGAUUGAAUUUUAUAAUAGUUGGUGCGGACAUUGUCACAAAUUUGCUCCAGUAUGGAAAAGAUUAGCUUUUGAUAUAUAUGAAUGGAAAAAUGUAAUCAAAUUGGGUGCUAUCGAUUGUGCUCACAAUGAUCACACAGCCAUUUGUAGAGAAUUUGACAUUAUGGGUUAUCCUACGGUGAAAUUUUUUCCUGCUCGAGAUACGCCAUCUAAUUUAGGCACAGAACUCCCUAGAAUUGCAAACACUGAAAAAAGCAUUGUGAGAAAUGUUGUAGGAAUAUUACAAAAAGAACAAUUAGAAGGAAGAGGAGGACAUAAUUGGCCAAAUUUAAUUCCCUAUAGAAGUUAUGAUACCUCAAACUUGUGGAAAGGAAAUGAUGAUGUUCAAUAUAUUUUUUUAAUUUUUGCCGAUGGAAAUGAUUCACUGGCUGCAGAAAUAAUAUUAGAUUUUUCUCAAGUCAAAGAAAUUCAAAUUCGAAGUGUGGUACCUGAAAACGAAGUUUUAUCCAGACUUUUAGGCGUCACUUCAUAUCCUAGUUUAGUACUCAUAGAGAGAACAAAAAAGGAACCAGAAAUAUUACACUCAAAAGAAAAUACAAGAGAAUCAUUUAGAUUAGUUAUUAAAUCAUUCCUAAAGAAAAAAAAUAUAUCAUUUCCAGAAGAACAAAAACUUCCAGACAUACUCAAUUCGAAUGAUAUUCCAAGCGUGGGCGAAUUGCAGGUGGCAAGAAAUAAUUUGGUACAAAUAUUAAAAAUCAAAGAAUUGGGAGAUGUAGUUUUUCUCAUAGAUUUAGAAAAUACGUUAAAAUACAGUUUAGAACACGAAAUAAGUUCUCACAAGGACAUAUCCGGAGAGGCUUAUGUAGCUUUAAAUAAAUUUUUAAUUAUCAUACACAAAUAUUUUCCAACUGGAGAAGCCGGAGCCGUUUACCUACAAAAAUUAAUCGAAACGGUUUCAAGUCAAAGUGAAAUGACGGGUUCGGAAUUUAAAGAAAAUCUCAAUAACCUUUCACGCGGAGGAUUAGAAUCUGUACUUUUGACAAAAAAAGACUGGAUGGGUUGCAGAGGAAGCGAAGAUCACUUGAGAAGGUACCCAUGUGGCAUGUGGACGUUGUUUCAUUACAUGACCGUAAACGCUCUUCGCGAUUCAUCUCAAUCGAAUUUCAAUCCGUUGGAAGUUUUGGACGCCAUGUUGAGUUACGUAACGCAUUUUUUCGGGUGCACGGAAUGUUCGAAACACUUUCAAGAAAUGUCUCAAAACAAAUCGAUGCGAACAAAAGUGAAAACGGGAGACGAAGCCGUUUUGUGGCUUUGGUCGGCACACAACGAAGUGAACAAACGUUUGUCCAAAGAUAAAUCCGAAGAUCCGCAAUUUCCAAAAAUUUCGUUUCCCUCACCCGAGAGGUGUCCCAAUUGUCGCGAUAAAAUGGGCGAUUGGAACGAGAAAGAAGUACUUAAUUAUUUAAUAUCCGUGUACAGUCGGGAAAAUCUCAUACAAAUGGGUUCUGAGGGAAAAUUGAGCUUUUACAAUAAAUCGCGGGUCGAAUACAGGAACAUGAAAAAAAUCGGAAAAGAUUUCAACAUAUUCGACAUAAGUUUAUGCGUGGCUUUGUACAUGGCGUCCGCGAUAAUAUGCGUCGGUGUGUGUAUGAAAUUCGUUUUGAAAAAAAAAUAUCGUAAAAAAUCGUACGUACAAGAUUUGCUGGGCAAAGUAUAA